CGUUUGAAUGAAACACUUGUCGUAGACAUGAACAAGCUUAUAAACAUUUCAAAACGUGCUGUCUAACGUCGUGGCAUGAAGUCACUUCUCCCCUCGAUGUUUUAACAAUGAAAGUUAUCCAGUAAUCUGUGACAGUGAACUUGACCUCAGUGUUGAUAAAGUGCCUCAGGCGCUGACCGGAUUCCACGCGCACCUGUUGACACGACUCAAGAAUAGUUUGAAUCCCCCUUUUAACACUUCAAACUUUAGAUUUUGUCUCAUGAGAUACUGGAAAAUGAUCUCUUUCAGGACCCUACGACUGACUAAUGUCGGAGUUAUUGGCUUACUGGCGAAAGACAUCGCAAAAAGCAGCUCAGCGUGUCAGAAUGUGUCGCGGAGGUCGUUCAGUUUCUCUUCGCGGAUUCACGCGAGUCAAGAAUUUAUCGCUCCUGCAUCCGCGGAUCAACCUAAAUCGAAAAAACAAGAGACCAAUAAAGGUCUGUUCUCUGGACUAGAGGACAUGCUUUUCUACACUAUAACUGAAGGAGCAGAGAAAGUUCCUGUGUCUCAUUUCAUUGCUCACGAUGGACAGGUUGCAAAAUACAUUCCCCAUCUGACCAAGUUUAGUCCUGAUCUUUGGGGCGUCUCUCUCUGCACAGUGGAUGGACAAAGACACUCAGUGGGAGACACAAAGGUGCCGUUCUGCUUGCAGUCGUGCGUAAAGCCGCUUGAAUACGCCAUCGCUGUACACGAACACGGCACGGAGCGCGUUCACCACUACGUCGGGAAGGAGCCCAGCGGAUUCAAAUUCAACAAACUCUCCCUAGAUGAAGAAAAUAAACCUCACAAUCCCAUGGUCAAUGCUGGAGCAAUUGUCAUCAGUUCACUUAUCAAGCCAGGUGUCAACAAGGCCGAGAAGUUUGACUAUGUGAUGGAGUUUGUGAAGAAAAUUACAGGCAGGGAGUAUGUGGGCUUCAGCAACGCAACGUUCCAGUCUGAGAAGGAGACAGGAGACAGAAACUACGCAAUAGGAUACUACCUAAAAGAGAAGAAAUGUUUUCCUGUAGGGGCGGAUAUGAUAGAUGCACUGGACUUUUAUUUCCAGUUGUGCGCCAUAGAGGUCACGUGCGAGUCUGGCAGUGUAAUGGCCGCCACACUGGCUAACGGAGGCAUCUGUCCAAUCACAGGAGAGAGAGUUCUGAGCACAGAAGCCAUACGAAACACGCUGAGUCUCAUGCACUCCUGCGGGAUGUACGACUACUCGGGACAGUUCGCUUUCCAUGUUGGAUUACCUGCUAAAUCUGGUGUGUCUGGUGCUGUUCUUCUGGUGGUGCCGAACGUGAUGGGUGUCAUGUGUUGGUCGCCCCCCGUGGACAAAGUUGGGAACAGCGUCCGUGGAAUUAGCUUCUGUCAGGAACUGGUGUCUUUGUUCAACUUCCACAAUUAUGACAAUCUGAGGCACUUUCUGAAGAAGCAGGACCCUCGCAGACAGUCUGGUGAUGACAGGAAUAAAUCAGUGGUGAAUCUGAUGUUUGCAGCCCACAGUGGAGAUGUCUCAGCUCUGAGAAGGUUUGCCCUUUCAUCUAUGGAUAUGGAGCUGAAGGACUAUGACUCUCGUACACCACUUCACAUAGCUGCUGCAGAGGGUCACAUGGAUGUUGUGCUAUUUCUGACACAGUCCUGCAAAGUAAACCCUUUUGUGAAAGACCGGUGGGGGAAUAUUCCUCGGGAUGAUGCCAUGCAGUUCGACCAUGAGGAUGUGGUGAAGGUCUUGGAAGAACAUGAGCUAAACUACAGUCUGCAAACAUCUCAGACUGACACAGAAGACCAUAGUCAUCAAUCCAAAUGUUCAUCUCUGGAGGGAUGAGUGUAAUCUGCUGUGAAUUUAACCAAUUUAAGGACUAUAGAUCAUGUCAUCAGAUAUUGUGAAAAUAAGGGCACUUAUAUGGAAAUGUCUCUGGACAGAGAUAAAGAAAAGCUAACUAUGUUUUUUUUUAUUUUGAUGUGUAAAUAUAAAAUAUUUGUACAUAAUGUUAUAUAUUGUAGUUUGACAUAUCCUCUUAGAAACUGCCUUGGUUAUACAGUGUAGAGUGUACAGUAUUUGUGACUAAUAAACAACCAACCAUGCC